UCUUUCUUCAGUUCCUGUGGUAAUUUACAUAAACUAAGUGAUGAGCCACUGAUUCCUCCUCCACUUCCUCCUCGAAAAAAGUUUGAUCAUGAUGCUUCGAAUUCCAAGGGAAAUAUGAAAUCUGAUGAUGACCCUCCUGCUAUUCCGCCGAGACAGCCUCCUCCUCCAAAAGUAAAACCCAGAGUUCCUGUUCCUACUGGUGCAUUUGAUGGGCCUCUGCAUAGUCCACCUCCACCACCACCAAGAGAUCCUCUUCCUGAUACUCCUCCACCAGUUCCCCUUCGGCCUCCAGAACACUUUAUAAAUUGUCCAUUUAAUCUUCAGCCACCUCCACUGGGACAUCUUCACAGAGAUCCAGACUGGUUCAGAGAUGUUAGUACGUGUCCAAACUCGCCAAGCACUCCUCCUAGCACACCCUCUCCGAGGGUACCACGACAAUGCUAUGUGCUCAAUUCUAGUCAUAAUAAUCUUGCUCAUCCUCCAGCUCCCCCUGUUCCACCAAGGCAGAAUUCAAGCCCUCACCUACCAAAACUGCCACCAAAGACUUACAAACGGGAGCUUUCGCACCCCCCAUUGUACAGACUGCCUUUGCUAGAAAAUGCAGAAACUCCUCAAUGACCUUAGCCAUAUGUAGUCAUUGACACUGGAAUGGUAUUUGUAAAGUUUU